CUCACUGAAUAGCAGUCACUCCUGAUGCCACAGUGUUGUCACAUCUGCAAGAGAAUCAGGAUAUAUGACUUGUGUGCAGACACUGACAGAUGAGAAUUCCCACAACAAAACCUUUGUGAGACAAGCUGAUUGUUUUCGUUCUUUCUUUCUAUUGUGGGUGGAUAGUUUGUUAGUCCAAGGUCCCCUGGAGAAACAACAGUAACCAUGGAAACUACUUUGCUCUUCCUCUCGUCACUCCUGGUAUGUGUGGCUGCUGAGACAGACCCGAGCGCAAAGGAUGGUGAAGCAAUAGUUGAAAACCCUUUUAAGUAUGACUAUGAGACUUUGAGAAUUGGGGGAUUAGUACUCGCUGUGGUUCUGUUCACUCUGGGCAUCCUUCUUAUUCUCAGUCGGCGAUGCCGCUGCAGUAUCAGUCAGAAGCCCAGGGCCCCCAGAGAUGAGGAGGCACAAGAGGAGAACCUGGUCGUAUCCAAGGCAGCUGCCAAAGAGACUCCAGCAGACAACUGAGGCUUCACCACAGCGAUGUGACCACUUUCUGAAAUGAUGGUCAUUUCUAUUUCGUAGUUAGUCACAAGAACAACGGCAGAAUUGAAGAAUGUUUUAACUGGUUAUUUGCUGGGGUAAGAGGGGAAGUGCACAUUUAAACAUGUAUCAUGUACAUAGAUCUUGUGGCGGUCGUUCUUCGUUGUGACUGAGCCCACCCCUCAAUGCUCUUGUCCAUUCCUGUGCCUUUCUGUGAUAGUCUGUCAAUCCAGUUUGUUGUCUUAGCCAGUAGCAAUCCUCACACAAGAUCGUCGUUAAAAUCUUAGAAACCUUUUUGAUAUUGUACUGUCUGUUGUUCUUUAUGUAAUUCUGUCAAACUUUAGUUUAUGGGAUUUGUGGAUUUGUUGCUAAGUUUUGUCUGUUGUCCUGGAUAAUGUUUCUCACAUUUGGAUUAUAACAUACAGUAUAUGUAUAUAUACAGUAUAGCAAUCAAAAUUGUGUUAGUUUACUUAUGAAAUAUGUAAUUAAAUAGUUUUUAUUGAUGUUUCCGUUUGAAUGGUUGGGUGUGUCUGUGUGCACAUAUGGAUGUUAUAUAUGUGCAUGAGUAUCUUGUGUAUGUAUGAAUGUGUCCAUCACAAGUGCAUGUGUAUCUCUACAUGUAGAUGUGAUGAGCCUUAUAUGAGACAAUCUCGUCCGUCACAGCUCUCAGAGUGAGCAUGUGAGUGAUUUGCAGGUAUCUGCACAGGCUUCUCCUGCACACGGUCUCACCAUCUGAAGUGGCGAGCACUCCUACGUCAGCUGUCUCACUGCCUUCUUGUCCACAUAUCUAAUCCACUGCUGUGUCACUGGCUCCGUCAGGAUUAACUAGUCUCCGGCAGGCUGUGAUUAGCUUCCCCACUUAAACUCACUGGUGCCACAAUUAAACCAGGGUGUCCUUAGAAAAAAAAAAAAAAAAAAAAAAAAAAACUUUAUUGCUUAAUUGUUACGCAUCUGAUUUAUCUUAUGUUGUUGUGUUUUGGAUUACUAUAGAUGUACUGAAAAAAGAGCAAAGUGAAAAGUUUAGACUCCUUUUCUAGACUAUAUUAUUAGAUGCCUAAUGUAAGUUAAAUUAUAGAGUGAGAACAGAUGAAUGUUUUUUGUUGUGAAGUUGCAUUUCAGGUUAAGCUUUCACCAGACUCAGGCCUGAGUCUCCCUGUCCCAGAAAUGACUGCUGUAAGUAAAUGCUGUAGUCAUUUUACGCAUUGGGCCUUGUUGUGUAGCAAUCUGUUGUGCUUUUGGCAUUAACAAAUACAAAAUAAA